GUUUAGAUUUUAGAAUGAGAAGAAGCAAAGAAUAACUAACAAAGCAAAAAAACACCAAAGAAAUUUAAAGAAAAAGAAAAUGGCUUCCCAAUUGUUCAACCCCAAGAUCUCAUCUUCUUCCAAGCCCAUAAUUUCUCUUAUUCUCUGCUUUCUCUUUAUGGUCAUUGGUGUUUGUCCGGUCCGGUCUGCACGACCGGACCCCGAAAACUCCAACCGGUCGAGCCGGGCUUUGUGGCCCGGGGAAGAGUCGGAGAAGAUGAAGAUGAUGAGAGCUCAUCUCGCCAAGCUCAAUAAGCCUUAUGUCAAAUCUGUGCAGAGUUCGGAUGGAGACAUUAUAGAUUGCGUGGAAUCCGACAAACAACCGGCGUUCGAUCAUCCCUUGUUAAAGGGACAAAAGCCAUUGGAACCGCCGGAGAGGCCGAAGCGCCGGCGGCACCACCCCACGACGGCGGCCGGAUACGAGGAGGAGGAUUUCCAGGUGUGGAGGUCGUCGUCUGGGGAAUCAUGCCCGGAAGGAACUAUUCCGAUCAGACGAACACUUGAACGGGACCUUCUCCGGGCUUCUUCCCUCCAUCAUUUUGGGAGAAAAACCGUUCGAAGAGAUUCCACCGCCGGCGACGGCGCCGGCCAUGAACAGCAUGCAAUUGGGUAUGCGAGCGGAGAAGCAUACUAUGGGGCAAAAGCGAGCAUGAGCGUGUGGGCCCCACGCGUGGAGAAACCGUAUGAAUUCAGCUUGUCGCAAGUGUGGCUUAUUUCUGGGGCUUUUGGCGAUGAUCUCAACACCAUUGAAGCCGGCUGGCAGGUUAGCCCAGACCUAUAUGGGGACAAUUACCCUAGAUUUUUUACCUACUGGACGAGUGAUGCAUAUCAAGGCACGGGGUGUUACAAUCUGCUAUGCUCGGGCUUUGUCCAGACUAAUAACAAAAUUGCCAUUGGAGCUGCCAUCUCUCCAAUUUCUUCCUAUAAGGCUGGCCAAUUUGAUAUCAGCAUUUUAAUUUGGAAGGAUCCAAAAAGAGGGGAUUGGUGGCUAGAGUUUGGGUCAGGAAGAAUAGUUGGAUAUUGGCCAUCUUUCUUGUUUACCCAUCUUAGGACAUCUGCUGCAAGCAUGGUACAAUUUGGAGGGGAGGUUGUGAACAGUGAUAGCCCCACAACUCACACAUCAACCCAAAUGGGGAGUGGACAUUUUGCCAAGGAAGGCUUUGGGAGGGCUUCUUAUUUCAGAAAUCUGCAAGUAGUUGAUUGGGACAAUAGCCUCCUCCCUUUGUCUAAUCUCAAAUUUGUGGCUGAUAAGCCAAAUUGUUAUGACAUACAGGGAGGGGUUAAUCAUGUUUGGGGCAGUUAUUUUUAUUAUGGAGGGCCAGGGAGAAACUCAAAGUGUCCCUAAAAAUUAUUUGUAGGGUAUAGAUGUGCGGUGGGCACGGGUCUAGCGUUCUUGGCCGACUGAAUCACCAUGAUUUACCUCCUCCACCAUCCUUGUCGGGCCAAGGGGUGGGGGUGCCUAGGGUGGACGAUUCCACCUUUUGGACCGAUUUAUAAGGCAUAGAUGAUCGAGCAAAUCAUAGGAUGAGUAGUUUUCUUCCUUUCUUUUAUACCCCGAAUAGGGAAUUUUUUUUGUAAAUUUGUAUACGGAAAGAAAAAUAUAUACGCAAAUAUAGAUAUGAUUUUGUUGUGCAAUGUAAUAUUAUACUCCCUCCGUCCUAUAAAGAUAGGAACAUGUU